CGCCCUGUCGCAAUGUGGAUGCUGGAAGGGUGGUGGUGCGCCGGCACCGGAUCCGGCUGGAGCAUUCCCACCGGUAGCUCCAGUACUGUCGCGUGAUCCUCGCUGUCCCGUCAAGUUCAUAGUUCGCUGAAACGUGUGAUGGGCACAGCUGAGACUACUGGAAAUCCAAUGGGGAACCUUUGUUGUCAGUGAGCCUCUGUUUUGUAUAAUGCCAGCCGAAGGAGACGUUAAAAUCGUCGAGCACUGCCGCACGAACGUAACGGAGAAUCUCGAAUUGCACAAGUUCAUCUUGUUGGCCUUUCCCCUUCUUCAACGUUUGGCGUUUCACUCUACCAGCUGGAGGCGAAACGAAACUAUUCGCGAAAAGGGUGCAGAAAAAUGACGGCGGAACACACAACACAAACACGUUCGCUGGUUCGGCCGGGAAUGCUGCGAAAGCGGUGGGCAGGCAGAGGCGCCGAUAAACGGCUACGUAACAGAAGCAGCGAGAAAGAGAGAGGGCGCAAGAGCGCGUACCGCAAAAACGAGAAUGUUUGGGAUAAAAUGGAUUUGCCAUAAAGGAGCAUCCAUUGGAUUGCGAAAUUCCAUUUGGGAUUUGAACAUCACAACAGUUGUUCUGCCCUUUGCCAAUUGGAAAUGUGCGAAACGCACGUUUGGCAAUGCGCAAGUGUAUCGAUAACUCGCGGAUGGUUGGUAACACUGCUGCUGUCCGAACGAAACAGCCGGCCGUCAAAAUUUUUCCUAACAUUUCACUAUUUUCACGCUUGUGUUACGGCAAUAAAGUCGAUUGAUAAGCACGGAAAGAUCUGGCUGCGGGUCUGGUGAAAUCCACAGAACACACGGAACCCGUAUAGUAGUGCCGCCCUUUAUUGGUUUUAUCUCAAGUACGACGCGAUAAGAUUUCGAGCAACUCGAUCGCGGAUCUUCGGAAAAAAAAAACAUGAACUCCAUCCUGAUAACCGGCUGCAAUCGAGGAUUGGGUCUGGGCCUGGUCAAGGCGCUGCUCAAUCUUCCCCAGCCGCCGCAGCAUCUAUUUACCACCUGCCGGAAUCGCGAGCAGGCAAAGGAGCUGGAGGAUCUAGCCAAGAACCACUCGAACAUACACAUACUUGAGAUUGAUUUGAGAAAUUUCGAUGCCUAUGACAAGCUAGUCGCCGACAUCGAGGGCGUGACCAAGGACCAAGGCCUCAAUGUGCUCUUCAACAAUGCCGGCAUAGCGCCCAAAUCGGCCAGGAUAACGGCCGUUCGAUCGCAGGAGCUGCUCGACACCUUGCAGACCAACACGGUUGUGCCCAUCAUGCUGGCCAAGGCGUGUCUGCCGCUCCUUAAGAAGGCAGCCAAAGCGAACGAAUCCCAGCCGAUGGGCGUGGGCCGUGCCGCCAUUAUUAACAUGUCCUCGAUCCUUGGCUCCAUCCAGGGCAACACGGACGGCGGAAUGUACGCCUAUCGCACCUCUAAGUCGGCCUUGAAUGCGGCCACCAAGUCGUUGAGCGUGGAUCUGUAUCCGCAACGCAUCAUGUGCGUCAGUCUGCAUCCUGGCUGGGUGAAAACCGACAUGGGUGGCUCCAGUGCCCCCUUGGACGUGCCCACCAGCACGGGACAAAUUGUGCAGACCAUCAGCAAGCUGGGCGAGAAACAGAACGGCGGUUUUGUCAACUACGACGGCACUCCGCUGGCCUGGUAAACGAUGACAGCGGUUAGUUUACCUGCAUUUUGUUUCUGUCUGUUAAUUGUUGUUGAAUAAACUGGACUCCUAAAGUC